GAGAACUAAAGUCGGAACCUUUUAGUGGGAAUAGUAGCUAGGUGUAGCCAUGGGAAGGCCACCCUGCUGUGACAAGGUUGGCGUCAAGAAAGGCCCAUGGACCCCUGAAGAAGACAUCAUUUUGGUCUCUUACAUCCAAGAACAUGGUCCUGGAAACUGGAGAUCAGUGCCAACAAACACUGGUCUUUUAAGAUGCAGCAAGAGUUGCAGACUAAGAUGGACUAAUUAUCUAAGGCCUGGUAUUAGAAGGGGCAAUUUCACUCCACAUGAAGAAGGAAUGAUAGUGCACCUCCAAGCAUUAUUGGGUAACAAAUGGGCUGCCAUAGCUUCGUAUCUUCCCCAAAGAACAGAUAACGAUAUUAAGAAUUACUGGAACACUCACUUGAAAAAGAAGAUCAAGAGUUUGCAAACAUCCUUCGAUUCUCAAAUGUCGCCAUCUGAUACGACCACAUGCACUACUGUAUCUAUUCCCAAGGUAUCUACAGGCAAAAGCCACCAGAACACGACAAUCACAAGCACCAAAAACCCUCAUCAAUAUCCCGACAUCUAUGCGUCGAGCACACAAAACAUCUCAAGAUUGUUAGAAGGUUGGAUGAGAUCAUCUUCAUCAUCGACAUUAGAGGAGAAAAUUGCAAAGCAAGAAAGGGGGAAAGAAUGCUUCGAUGGUCUAGGGGAAAGUGUCGACUUUGAAUUCGAAUCUGUUCUUUCAUUCGAUAAUGGAUGCUGGGAUAAAAUGAUGGGUGGUGAUUAUUACCAGAAGGUUGGGCAUGGCUACGACGACAAGGCUGCAUGUGUUUUGCAUGAGAGGAAGCUUCAGAAACAAGAAAGCUUGAGCAAUCCCCCUUUGAAUUUCUUUGAAAGAUGGCUACUGGAUGAAACCGCAAAUCAACUUGAAGGAGCCCUAGAGCAGCAAGUAAACUAAGGCUUCUUUUUAGUGUUUUUAAUUUUUCUUUCAUAUUUUUGUUGCUAAAUGCUAUUCACUCGUUGGUUAGUUUUUAUUUUCUUUAAUUCUCCUAUCCAACUGUACUUAGGUGGUAGAAGAACAAAUCUGCCUUAAUAAACUCUUUAACUUCAAGUGCUCGUAAUAAGAUACUU